AUGAAUUAUCAAGGGAAAGCAUCUAGAAAACCAAGAUUAAUAGUGCUAAUACGCCAUGGUGAAAGUGCGUCAAAUAGAGACAAAAGCAUCAAUGAAUAUACACCCAACCAUAUGAUUCCGCUUACUGAAACAGGUUGGUCGCAAGCUCGACAUGCAGGUGCACAACUUCUACGUCUGUUAAACAUCGAUGAUCCCAAGAUUGUCGAUAACCUGGGCGACAAAUACCACAUUACAUGCAACUCGCUACCAUUGGAGGGUUAUGCGAGGCUGAACAAAUCUCUCGAUACAAACGUUGUUUUUUACACUUCUCCAUACAAGAGAACUCGCCAGACGUUAAAGGGUAUUCUGGAUGUAUUUGACGAGUACAACGGAUUAAACAGUGGCGUAAAUCUACCGGACAGCCAAUGCUACAAGCCAGAAAUUCCGAGAAAAGCAGGUGUGUGGGCAGUUGAGCACCCGAAAACGUGUAGACAGGCACGUCAUUACAUCUGUUACAGAGUAAAAGAUGAUCCGAGAAUUAGGGAACAGGAUUUUGGUAAUUUUCAAGAGAGUCACAGCAUGAAGGAACUUAUGCAGAAGAGAUCGACUUAUGGUCAUUUUUUUUUCCGCUUCAAAGAAGGCGAGAGUGCUGCCGAUGUUUACGAUCGUGUAGCAAAUUUUCAAGAAACCUUAUUUCGUCACUUCGAUAAAGCCGACAGGAAACCAAGAGAUGUGGUUGUGCUCGUGACGCAUGGUAUUUAUUCAAGAGUAUUUCUCAUGAAAUGGUUCAGAUGGACUUACGAAGAGUUUGAAUCGUUUGUCAACAUACCGAAUGGCAGCAUGGUUGUUAUGGAAUUGGACGAGUCGAUCGACAGGUACGUUUUAAGAACGACUUUGCCCAAGUGGACUCAAGGAACCGGGGGGUUGGACUGA